AUGGUUCGAUCAUACACAAGAGGUGGUUCAAGGCCAAGUGUCAACCCCAGGACUGCUGAAGACAUUUUCGCAGAAUUUUUUGGGUUUUCUAGUCCCUCUGGGGGAAUGGGAGGAGGUGGCGGCGGCGGCGGCGGUGGCGACAGUGGGAUGGGAGGUGGUUCAAGGGUAUUUGGUAGCAUAUUUGGUGAUGAUGCAUCCAGUUCCUCUGGUGGAAGUAGACCAAUGGAUCAAAGUACUCAUAAAGCUCCUCCUGUUGAAACUACACUACCUUGUAGCCUAGAGGAUUUGUAUAAAGGAAUCCCCAAGAAGGUGAAGAUUUCAAGAGAAAUUUCAGAUGCUAAUGGGAAGACAGUAACAGCGGAGGAAAUCCUGACUAUUGAAAUCAAACCUGGAUGGAAAAAGGGGACCAAGAUUACCUUCCCGGAGAAAGGAAACGUACGGCCGUAUGCAAUCCCUGCGGAUCUGGUUUUCAUAAUCGACGAGAAGCCCCACAAAACAUUCACACGCGACGGCGAUGACCUGAUCGUCACGCAGAAGAUAUCGCUUUCCGAGGCAUUAACGGGCUACACAGUCCGUCUGACGACACUGGAUGGAAGGAAUUUGACCGUCCCCAUCACCGAUGUGAUUAAUCCAAGCCAUGAGGAGAUCGUUCCUAUGGAAGGUAUGCCGAUAUCGAGAGAUCGGUCCAAGAGAGGCAACCUAAGAAUCAAGAUCAUUAUCAAAUUCCCGGCGAGGUUAACUGCAGAGCAGAAAUCUGGAAUCAAGAAGUCGUUGGCACUUGGCACUUGGCACCGUGAGGCUGGACUCCGACGAUUGAUCACUAACAAAAUUUGGGCUUUUGAUGACAAUUUGAUUCUAAAUAGGCUAAAUUAGAUAGGAAUAAUUACUAUAAUACUUAUUCUCUCUAUAUGUUUUAAUUAAGUCUCUAAUUUUUAUAUAUUUAU